UUAGCAACGUUCCAAAAUGAAAGAACUCAGGCCACAACAUUAUCAGCCGACACAACAACAGAAGCAUCCACCAGUACUGUAGUUACCACAACACCACCACAAACAACAGCCGAAUCCUCCACAACACCUACAAUGACAACAGUGGCCUCAGCAACCACUACAGUUCCUGUUGAAACAUCCACCACUACAGCAGGAGAAACCACAGCAACACCACAAACUACAGCUACAACAGCUGAAUCCUCAACACCUACAAUAACAACAGUGGCCUCAGCAACCACUACAGUUCCUGUUGAAACAUCCACCACUACAGCAGGAGAAACCACAGCAACACCACAAACCACUGCUACAACAGCUGAAUCCUCAACAACACCUACAAUAACAACAGUGGCCUCAGCAACCACUACAGUUCCUGUUGAAACAUCCACCACUACAGCAGGAGAAAUCACAACACCACAAACUACAGCUACAACAGCUGAAUCCUCAACAACACCUACAAUAACAACAGUGGCCUCAGCAACCACUACAGUUCCUGUUGAAACAUCCACCACUACAGCAGGAGAAACCACAACAACACCACAAACUACAGCUACAACAGCUGAAUCUUCCACAACACCUACAAUAACAACAGUGGCCUCAGCAACCACUACAGUUCCUGUUGAAACAUCCACCACUACAGCAGGAGAAACCACAGCAACACCACAAACUACAGCUACAACAGCUGAAUCCUCAACAACACCUACAAUAACAGUGGCCUCAGCAACCACUACAGUUCCUGUUGAAACAUCCACCACUACAGCAGGAGAAAUCACAACACCACAAACUACAGCUACAACAGCUGAAUCCUCAACAACACCUACAAUAACAACAGUGGCCUCAGCAACCACUACAGUUCCUGUUGAAACAUCCACCACUACAGCAGGAGAAACCACAGCAACACCACAAACUACAGCUACAACAGCUGAAUCCUCAACAACACCUACAAUAACAGUGGCCUCAGCAACCACUACAGUUCCUGUUGAAACAUCCACCACUACAGCAGGAGAAACCACAGCAACACCACAAACUACAGCUACAACAGCUGAAUCUUCCACAACACCUACAAUAACAACAGUGGCCUCAGCAACCACUACAGUUCCUGUUGAAACAUCCACCACUACAGCAGGAGAAACCACAGCAACACCACAAACUACAGCUACAACAGCUGAAUCCUCAACAACACCUACAAUAACAACAGUGGCCUCUGCAACCACUACAGUUCCUGUUGAAACAUCCACCACUACAGCAGGAGAAAUCACAACAACACCACAAACUACAGCUACAACAGCUGAAUCUUCCACAACACCUACAAUAACAACAGUGGCCUCAGCAACCACUACAGUUCCUGUUGAAACAUCCACCACUACAGCAGGAGAAAUCACAACAACACCACAAACUACAGCUACAACAGCUGAAUCUUCCACAACACCUACAAUAACAACAGUGGCAUCAGCAACCACUACAGUUCCUUGGCCUCAGCAACCACUACAGUUCCUGUUGAAACAUCCACCACUACAGCAGGAGAAAUCACAACACCACAAACUACAGCUACAACAGCUGAAUCCUCAACAACACCUACAAUAA